AUGAUAGGUGGCCACAUGUCUCCAUGCUCCUCGAGAAUGCCAUUGUAUCCAUUCUUCUUCGUCUUGUUUACUUCACAAAACUCUGUCAGAGCAACCCUGACUACGGUUCUUUCUCUCUACAUAAGCCUGAAAACUCGAGGCAGGCUGAAUAACCCUUUCAGGCUUGAGUGUGGUCCCUUGAUCUCGACACCCAGUCGAGGCCAUGUCCUAGACGUGUAG